GGGUGGGUCACUACACUGGGUGAAUUUUAAAACCUGGGCUGCAUAGCAUGGAAAACAGUUGAAGAUUUUUACAUUUACUAUGUCUCUGAGUGACUUUGGAUUAUAUUUAUUCUCUUUCAGGAGAUAGAUAUUUAGUAGUAGUAGUAGUAUUAUUGUGAUAACAAUUAUUUAUUUACACUAGUGAGUUAGUGAUUGGCAUCACUGCACCCCUCAAAAAAAAGUGCAAGAAAAAGGGGAUUCAGUGAGGAAGCAGAGAGGCCAGUUAUAAAUUGAUUGUCAGUAACUCAAAUCUCACCUUCACAGUUCACACCACUUGUGUUGUUGUUGUUGUACCACUCUGUGUGUUGUUUAUUUCUCCCCGUGUGUGUGAAAGAGUGAAAAGCAAAGCUAUUUUCUAAUCUUGUGAGUAGUGAGUGUGUGAAGUAACAAUGGUGGUGAAGAAGCCACGGAUAGUGAUAAUUGGAGCAGGAAUGGCAGGCCUCACAGCUGCCAACAAGCUCUACACUGCCACUGCCUCCAAGGACUUGUUUGAGCUAUGUGUUGUGGAGGGUGGAAGCAGGAUUGGUGGCAGAAUCAACACCUCAGAGUUUGGUGGUGACCGUAUUGAGAUGGGUGCUACAUGGAUCCACGGAAUUGGAGGCAGUCCAAUUCACAAAAUUGCUAAAGAAAUCCACUCACUCCGCUCUGACCAACCUUGGGAGUGCAUGGAUGGGAACACUGAUGAGGCCAUCACCAUUGCUGAAGGUGGCUUCCAUCUCCACCCUUCCAUUGUUGACCCCAUUACAAAGCUCUUCAACACCCUCAUGGAAUAUUCUCAAAGGAAGCUCAAUGAAGCCACUGCAAAGGGUGAACUUGAAAGUUAUCACAACCUGCCUGCUCUGGCUGCUAAGGUUGCUUCCAACAGGUCUGGGAACGACAACCUUAGUAUUGGCUCUUUUCUGAGACAAGGCCUGGAGGCUUACCAGAUUUCAAAGGAGCAAGAGGAGGUCAAAGGGUGUGGGGAGUGGAGCAGGAAGUUACUUGAGGAAGCAAUAUUUGCAAUGCAUGAGAACAACCAGAGGACCUAUACAUCAGCUGAUGACCUCUUGACACUGGAUUAUAGUGCUGAGAGUGAGUACAGAAUGUUCCCAGGUGAAGAAAUCACUAUUGCUAAAGGCUACUUGAGCAUAAUUGAGUCCUUAGCCUCUGUGUUGCCACCUGGUUUGAUUCAGUUAGGUAGAAAAGUCACAAGGAUUGAGUGGCAGCUUGAUGAGAGGAAGGGUGUGGGAAAUGGCUGUUGUUCUUCUAGGCCUGUGAAGCUGCAUUUUUGUGAUGGCUCCGUUAUGUCUGCUGAUCAUGUCAUUGUCACAGUUUCACUGGGAGUGUUAAAAUCUGCUAUUCGUGAUGAUGAUGAUGAUGAUGAUUCAGGUAUGUUCUGUCCUCCUCUUCCCCCUUCCAAAACUGAGGCAAUUUCAAGGCUUGGCUUUGGGGUUGUUAACAAGUUGUUUAUGCAAUUAAGUCCAAAACAUGGAGGAGGGAAACAUGAAUACCAUCAUGAACAUGUAAAUGAAGACUCCGACAAGGGGUUCCCUUUCCUGCAAAUGGUUUUCCAUUCACCUCAAUCUGAAACGAGGCACAAGAAAAUACCAUGGUGGAUGAGGAGGACAGCCACCCUUUUCCCCAUCUACAACAAUUCCAGUGUCCUCUUGUCUUGGUUUGUGGGGGAAGAAGCACUGGCACUCGAGUCACUCAAAGAUGAGGAGAUCAUAAAUGGAGUUUCAUCCACAGUCUCGUGCUUUCUACAGCAUUCUCAGUGGCAAAAGGGUUCCAGUUCACAUAGAUUGUGCAAUGGGAAUGUGAAUUCUGAGGAGAGAUCUCAAGAAAAUGAGGUGAAGUUCAGUAAAGUCUUGAAGAGCAAAUGGGGAACUGAUCCCUUGUUUUUAGGCUCAUACAGUUAUGUUGCAGUAGGGUCAAGUGGUGAUGAUUUAGAUGCAAUGGCCGAGCCAUUGCCAAAAGAUAGCAGUUGUCAGCCUUCUGCUUCAUCUCCACUUCAAAUUUUGUUUGCAGGGGAAGCAACUCACAGAACUCAUUAUUCCACAACUCAUGGAGCUUACUUCAGUGGUCUCAGGGAAGCCAAUAGGCUUCUUCAACAUUAUCAUUGUGUUGGGAUUUAUAAUAACUAGUUUUUCUUCCUCCUUUUUCUCUUCAAAUUUUUGAACAUUAAUCUCUAUGAUAUUAUUCCCAUUUUCAUUUUAAAACGUCUUCGUUUCUCUUUAAGGAAAGUAGUGAGUGAUUUGGGAGAAAUCAAUAUUAGAAGGGGGCAAGAUGAAUAGUGAGAUGGGGACCUUUAGAUGUACUACUUGAAGUAAUUUUUCCCCAAUAUAUUCCUUUCUCUUCAUUUAUAUGAGUGUAGUUCUUUUCAUUUAAUCUCCUUGUUAAUCUUCAAAAGAAAACCAGAUGAGAUUUUUUUAUGACAUUCAGGAUUUGAAUUUAGGGACUAGAAAGAAAGCUUCAGCUAUGCAAUGCAAGAACCCCCAUCUCCAUGUGUGUGUCUCUCUCUGGCUUCUCUCAAAGGACAGGAUCCGCCAAACCCGGUUCUUUCCAGCUUGGAAUCUCCUCAUUAGUUCUAUGAAAUGAAAUAUGGCUUGUCAAGUGCUCAGGCCUAUGUGUUCCUGUCAAAACAUUGAUGCUACCUUUAUGAGAAUUGCUCCUUGAUGUGAUAUAGAUAGAGCUUUUGUAAUUAAGUGCAAUUCAAUUCAUGUUGAUUCCAUUCUACAUGUAAAAUGAAGUUUAAUUUGAUCAGUGUAAUGUAAGGCAACAAAAUGGAUGACUUUGUAUGUA